GCGCUGCGGCUUAAAGGGGCGGGGCCAAGGGCAGGGCUAAGCGGGCACGCGGAGGGACGGAGCCGAGCGAAUCCGAACCGAACACAUCCGAGUCACACCGAACCGAGCCGAGCCCAGCCGAACCAAACCGAAGGCAACCCAUUCGAGACGACGCACGUCCACCCGAACACCGCCGAGUACAUCCGAACACAGCCGAGCCCACCCGAGUGUGUGCGCCGCGGGCGCCGGUGCCGGAAGAAGCUGCGGGGGGCGGAGCGGGCGCAGCCGCGGACUAUAAGAUUCAGAUAUGUUCCUAUUUGAUUGGAUUUACAGUGGUUUCAGUAGUGUAUUGCAGUUUUUAGGACUGUACAAGAAAUCAGGCAAACUAGUGUUUCUUGGACUGGACAAUGCUGGAAAAACUACACUGCUGCACAUGCUCAAAGAUGACAGACUGGGACAACAUGUUCCCACGUUACACCCCACUUCAGAAGAGCUGACAAUUGCUGGCAUGACUUUCACUACCUUCGACCUGGGUGGACAUGCUCAAGCUCGCAGAGUGUGGAAAAACUAUCUGCCUGCAAUUAAUGGUGUUGUGUUCUUGGUGGACUGUGCAGAUCAUGAAAGAUUGCUUGAAUCAAAAGAAGAACUUGAUUCACUAAUGACAGAUGAAACUAUUGCUAAUGUGCCUAUCCUAAUUCUUGGUAACAAGAUUGACAGACCUGAAGCCAUCAGUGAAGAGAGGUUACGAGAGACAUUUGGUCUGUAUGGCCAGACAACAGGAAAGGGCAGCACACCACUGAAGGACCUGAAUGCCAGGCCCCUGGAGGUGUUCAUGUGCAGUGUGCUAAAGAGACAAGGCUACGGGGAAGGAUUCCGCUGGAUGGCCCAGUACAUCAACUGAUUCCUGCCAAAAUCACAGCAGCACAUCCUGGCCCAGGUCUCAGUGUUGUCUGCUCCUUAUUUGAUCACUCAGUGUAUGUAACUUGAAUUCAUUUGACUGUUCAAUUUUAAAAAAACACAUUUUUAGCUAAUUAUAUCAUUGAUGCUAAAUUGUAAGUGUGAAGAUUGCAAAAUUAUUUCAAGCAAGUUUGUAAAUUUAAAUACCACAACCUGUGAGCUUUCUAAUCCCAUGCAACAUCCUUUUGCAGCUUUUAAUUUAAUGAGUCUCCAGCACCAUUUUUGGUCAGAGCAACUUUCCAUUACAGUAUGUUUGAAUGCACUUUUUAACAGCUGAAAACGAUGGACAUGUGAAAAAUAUUUAAUGCUUAUGUUAAAUUUUUUAUGUACUUUUUUGAAACUGGUUUUAUAACUUUAGAGUAUAUAACCAUCUUUCAAGGAAUAAUAAAUAAUUACCUGAUGGAUAAUUGCA